AUGUCAAGGGAUAUACUAGUAACACACAUUUCAGAUAGAGAUCUUGAUACUGUACAGCGUGGUACUGAAGAGUGGAAUCUAUUAGAACAUUAUUUGCAGGUUUGCUGUCGUUCAUCUAGAUCCUUAGUACAGCAAAUAUGGCAUAUAAAUGUAGCUUCUGCUGAGGCAGCAUUUGAGAGAAGAACAAAGGGUCGCUUAGUAUUAUAUUGUUGGGUUGAUACCAAUGAAUUAGAUCUAAAUAAUUCCAUUCAGGAUGUUUGUCGUCGUAGUUUUAAAAUACCACCAUCUGGCAUGAAGUUUACAUCAGGAAAUAUUAAAUUACCAGGUAUACCUUCUACUAUAAAUGAAUCAUCUAAUUAUUCUGAAGAUGUCGACGUAAGUAUUGAACUAUCAAAUUCACCAUUUCUCCCAAAUUCACACUCAGAUUUUACAACUACUAGACGUCUAUUUGAAUAUUUUCUAUGUAAAGUUGGUGUUGGAUGUUCAGUAGUUAAAAAUAGUGAAAAAGAAGCAGAUGGGAACCAUUUCCAGAUAUCUUCAGAAUAUGAUACAGUAUUUUUACGAAAUAGACAAAUUAAUCCUCCAUCAAUUAUAAAUUCAAAAGUAAAAAGUAAUAAUGGAAAUGAUCUAUCAACUGAAAAUGAAUUAAAUCUGACAAGAUCACUAUGUUUAGCAACAGGAGUAUUACCUCAGCACACAUUUCGUCAUGAGUAUAUAAUUUAUGAAAGUUCACAAGUAGUACCUCAAUACUUAGUUCAAUUUGAAUAUGAUUCAUCUAUUCCAGAACUUUUUGCAGUCCCAUGGUGUGAUGAAUGCCAAGAUGCUCCUGCAAUAUUAUGGUGUCAAGCGGAUACAGCUAAAUUAUGUGAUUUAUGCGAUGAAAGAUUACAUAUGCACAAUAAACUAGUAAGUCGUCAUGUAAGGAUACCAGUUAAUCAAAUGCCGAGAUCAUCUGGUUGUUGUCCAGUUCAUACAAUGGACAACUUAGAGGAGUUUUGUACAUUAUGUAAUGUACCAAUGUGUAGAUUAUGUAGACCAGCUCAUGCUCACACAGAAGAAAGUACAUCUUCUCUUAUAAUGCCUAUUGGUCGUGCAUAUAGAGCUCAACUUGAAAGGCAUAAUAAACCACAUCCGUGUUUGAAUUCAAGAAAGAUGGAACUAUUAGAAAAGUUGGAGUCACAGCAGAUUAUAUAUAAUGAUGUUAGAACAAAUAUGUUUGAUGUAGAACAACGUAUAUAUGCUCUACUAGAAAAUUCAAUGAGACAGUUACAAAUAGCUGUUGAAACAAAAAUGAAUACAGUACUGUGUGAGCAAUUGAUAUUUAAUCAGUUACUACAACAAUUGGAAUGGUCUGAAGGAUUUUUACAAUAUCUUCAAUCUGUAUUACCACCAGCAGAUUUUCUAUUUGCAUGGUUGAGGCAUUGUCACUAUAGAGAAGAAAUCUUCCAAUUAUGUGACUUGUUUACAAAUGAUAACAAGUUCUUGCCUGAUUUAAGACUUGUUGGUAGAGUUGAUAUCUUGUCAGAAUCAGCACUGAGACAUAACAAAAAUCAUAAGGAUGCAAAACAUUCUCUAUUUCUGCAAUAA